AUGUCCUCCGACCUUCGCCAGGCCACCGGUGCGGGUAAGGGAAAGCGACAUUUGAACUCCGACGAUCAAGACAACAGAAUACUGGAGGAUUCUGCAGUGCAGCCUAAACGACAGCGCGUUUCGCGAGCAUGCGACAGCUGCCGCUCUAAAAAGGACAAGUGCGAUGGAGUACAACCCGUGUGCUCAACGUGCGCAUCGCUAUGCCGACCCUGCACCUACAAGGCCAACCCCAAGAAACGAGGCCUACCGACAGGUUAUAUUCGGUCGCUUGAGCUGCUAUGGGGGCUGGUAUUCCAGAAAAUACAGGGCAGUGAAGAUGUGAUGCGCGCAUUAAUGAGGUCCAUCAACCUUCCCAGUCAUCUCGCUACAAUGGGCAAGGAAGCCGAAGGAUCGGAUACGUUACUAUCUUCCUUCAAAAACAGUACAGUCUUGAGGGACAUUGAGCGAAUAUUGGUGGUACUGGAGCUACCAGAGGAAGAGAGGGAGCGCAACCUCCAAUUAAUCAGCGAUGAGCACACACCCUUGGAUAUCGAUAGAAUUCUUGCCUCGUCCGAGGCUCAUGAAUGGCAACUUCCAGAAGGGUUGGAGCAACGAGAGACUCCCCUCCCCGGCGUAUCGCCAUCACGAUUAUCAAUCGUUGGCGCUGCUCCUCUGAAGACUUCAGCGCAUCAUAAUCGAGACUCUGGCGUACAAACUUUGCCAGACGAUCUUCACUCUUCAUCAGUCUCCCUAAACCCGCCCCUUCAAUCGACCUCAAAUAAAGCUCCCAUUCAGCUCCCCUAUAACGCAUGGCCACUUCUCGACAUUUACUUCUCAUACACGCAAUGCUGGUUUCCCAUUCUGGAAAAGCAUGACAUCCUCCGAACAGGAUUUCAAUAUACUGAAGGUGAUGUUUAUGUUACACGUACAACGCCUGGCUCUGGAGAUCACGCUGCUUUAUGGGCCGUCUUGACUCUUGCCUCACUCCAAGAUGCAUCCAUUACUGCGACCCGCGAUAAUAACCACCAACCAGAACGAAUUAACUCUUCGCAACUGUACAGUACCGCCAGAGAACUGAUUCCCGCCGAGAAUGGCCCGUUUGAACUUGGGCAUGUUCAAGCGCUACUCAUAUUGUCUUUAAUAAAGUUUGGUCAGAAGGAGUGGACUUCUGCUUGGAUGCUGGUCGGACAUGCCGUGCGAAUUGCGCAAACCUUGGGUCUUGACCAACCAAGAUCUCCUGCGCAAGGCAAGCAACUAGGCCGGGCGCAACAUGUAUUUCUAGGAUGCUUCGUUCUCGAAACACUGAUCGCGCAACAGACGUCACAAUGUCCCUCGCUACGGAAAGACGAUUUGACUAGGGUAGGGUGUAUCAACGAGGACGGACUGGAGGAAUGGCACCCAUGGGAAGACCAGACUGGCCUUCGACCGUCACAGUCAUCCCGAGCUUCAAUGCAGCGUGGACCACUCCAUGCACUCAGCACUUUUAAUCGUCUUGUUUCUCUGGUUUCGAUUCUGAACGAUCUGUGUUACCUCAAACAAGAUCCUACUAUUUCCAGAUCACAGCUCGAGUCACUAGGGAUUCAGCUACAGCGCUGGGUAACAGAUCUGCCGAGGAGUUAUCGUGUUGAUCUGCAAAGUCGACCAAUCAAACUGGCCUCUCCCCAUAUUUUCAGCCUCGAGAUGACAUAUCAGGGCAUUGUUUCCGCCCUCAGCCUGCAGAUCGCAUUACGGGAGAGUGAUCAGAACAUCCCCGACAUGCCCCAUAAAGCUCUUGCAAUUGAAAGCUCAAAGCACUUGCUUUCACUCCUUCAAAUAUACAUGGAAAACUACAGCUUCUCGGCCACCUUUCCAACAUUUGGCAUCAUACUAUUAUUCUGUCUCCCACAUACAUACUCUCGGGAACCUAUAUCAGAUCUUGACAUGGGCAUGCGGAACAAGAUCCAAUCAUUUUCAUCUCAUCUAGCGCAGCUCUGGUCGGUUUCAAAUCGGCCCAAUACCAACCAGAUUUCCAUGCAAAUGAGUCAGGCGGCUAUCACCUCCCCGGCUACGUCUCAAAAACUGCGAGUGUCAGCGUCGGAAGACUCUACACAUAGGCAUGGCCUACCACCCAUAUCCACUCCUCAGGGGCAAGUUCAACAAACCCCACUCCUGACAUCUACACCUGACCACUACCUUUCAGCCCCGUGGCUCAGAGUCACUCAAAAUAUAGAAGAUGGAAGUAUGAUUUCCACCCCUACUCCACCAUCUUUGUCCACCGCUGGCGGUGUCUCUGAGGUAUCGCUACCAGGACAAUUGGACGGUGGGAUCGAAAGUGGACGCCAUCAGGCAUCAGCCAAAUCUCAUAACGGGCCAGCGAUAAUGUCUGACCUUGGAACGCCGUUUCCUUCAGGCCCACAAUACCAUCCGGCAUUCCCAGAUCCAGCCCUUAGUCUUGGCCAUUAUGUCGAGAUGGAUGGAUAUGGGCCACCAUCACGACGGCAACGAAUUGCUCCUGAUUUAGACGCAUUGUUUGACGAGCUGGCAUCGUUAGAUGGUGCUGAAAAGGUCGACAAUCAACCCGAGUUCAUGCAAAAUCUUGGGUUUGUGUCCGAAAGCGCGGUUCCGGAGAUUUACUCCUUUCCGAGUCAAAUUGAACCUUUCUUGCUAGCGCAGACGCAACAGAUGCCUCGAAACGGAUCUACCGUUCCUCGGCGAGAAUCAUAA